ACACAUAUUCAACCCUACACUUCACAAAAAAAAAAAGAAAAAAGAAAAAAGACUUGAAAUUUAUAUACUACUACCAUGGAACCAUAUUCAUAUACUUCUUCUUCUUCAUCAUCAUCCACCUACUUACAUAAACAAGAAAAGAAAUUCAAGCCACCAUCUUCUUUUCAAUCCUCACUCCACUCGGUUCGGAAGCAACCCGCCAAGAUGUCUAAGAAACCCAUUGCGCCACUCCCGCCAACACCACCUAGAGUCUACAAGGUUGAGCCCGUUAACUUCAGGGAAGUGGUGCAGGAGCUCACCGGUGCACCCGAGUUCCAAUCCCGGCGUCUUCAAAAUCUGGCACCUCCACCACUCAGCCUUAAUUCUACAACAACGAACACAUUAGUGUCAGAUAUUGCUGUGGCUGAUAAUAAUUCAUUUUCCAAUCAAACACCUUUGUCGGCCACAUUUCGUGAAUUGAUGACUGAAAGUCUGGAGACUCUGGACACCAAGCCCCAGCCACGGAGUACUUUAUGGGAUAAUAAUUCACUGGGUUUACUGAGUCCUCUCGGAUUCAACUUGUCGCCCUUGUCUCAUGCAUGGUGUUACUUCCCACUUCUGAGUCCUGGAACAAUGUCCAUUUUGGAGCAAAGCACAGUUCCAUAAAUCUUCUACUAUUCAACGUGAUAUUAAUGUUUACUGUUUCUACUACUAUUUUCUCUUGGAUAUUACUGGUUCUCGAGCUCAACACUCUAACCGAGAAGGCUAGUCCGAGAGAUUUUUCCCUUGGAUGCAUUAUCCUUCCCGGUUAGAGUUUGUUAUAGUUUUCGAUCAUCCUAUGCCUCUCAUGGAUGUUGCCAGAAAAGAGGCAAAUUUUUUUUUUUUUUUUUUUCUUUUCUUUUCUCAUAUUUUAUGUAUUUUGGGUAAGUAUUAGAUCAUGUACUCUUAGCUCCACUGCUUCUCGGGGAUGAAGCAAACGUACAUUAGAAGCACAAUUUAGUACUUAUGUUUCUUUGUCAUAUGGUGAUUGUAUUGUAAUGAUGGUCAGUGACUUCUGCUGGGCAUUAGAUAGCAUUUAAAAAAAAGAAAAGAAAAAAGUUAAAAAAUCUAUUCCAUUUUCAGUCCUGUUAUGUGUUGUAUGUACGAAUAUCUAAAAAUAUGGUGGAAUUAUAAUUGUUCAUUCUUAUUUUAUCAAUUAAUAGAGCAUAAUUACACACACAAACACACACUUGUAGUGUGUUAAGUGUG